GCUCACCAGCCAGCCGUUGCACCCGAGCCCCAAGCUGCAAGCAACUCUUAUGAUAGCAACUAGAGAGAGGCUUAGUCAGGUAGGUCAGGGGAGGAAACCUUUUCUUUUUCUUUUCUUUUUUUGAUUUUUGUUCAGUUGAGGACACGAUGCUCAAGUCACCUCUUCUCCCCCCAUCCCACAUCAAAUAGUUAAUCUUCUUCUACCGAUAUCUCUCUUCUUCCCUCUCUCCUUCUCUUUUUCCUUGCGACGAAAGGUCUCACCAUUCUCUCUCUCUCCUUUUCUUAUUUUUUUCUCUUUUCUUUUCAACAUCCUAUAACUCUCACUCUCGCUCUUUUCCACGACAUCGUUACCCCCGAGAGGGCUUAUAAAACGAGAGCUAUAUAUAAACCGCCGUCGCCAUGUCGACAGACUAUAACUAUGACGACAAGGCAUGACUAUUCGCUCAUGGAGCUAUUAACGGAUGUUUGCUAACUGUACCCUCUUGGAAAAUCUACAGGGGCAGUUUUUCCCCUACUUCGUACUGACGAUACUUGGCUUAAUUUUGUGCCCCUUAACGUAUUCAACUUUCGCGCCAAGUAAACGUAUGACUUCUGGCUCACGUCGUUCGCUGGCAAAUCCUAACCUUACAUAGAACCGGGCGUUUCGAAAACGCCUCUAAUAAAGGAGAAUAACUAUAAGCCGCCUGGCAAUGAGGCGAUCGAGGCGGCGCGCCGUAGGCAGAAGAGGAAGGAGAGGCGGCUCAAGAGGUUCACCUCGAUCGUCAUCGGAUGGGCGCUGUUCGCAUAUAUGGCAUACCUCAUCGCUGUGACAGCAAAUGCCGAUGGCAAAAUCUGGGAUCCGUAUGAAAUCUUGGGUAUCAGUAUGGUUGGUUUGCACAGGGAGAAAUCAUCAUUUGGAACAUCGCUGACCACACAUACCCACAGACCGCGGACGAAAAAGCUAUAAAGUCCCAUUAUAAGAAAUUAUCCUUGAAAUAUCACCCGGAUAAAAUUCGCCCAACCGGCAACCAAACCCUUGAAGACCUCAAUAACCACUUUGUCGAGCUUACCAAAGCUUAUAAGGCGCUGACCGACGAGGAUAUCCGUAACAACUUUAUCCAGUAUGGUCAUCCGGAUGGAAAGCAAUCUUUCUCAAUUGGCAUCGCUCUCCCGACAUGGAUCGUCUCUGAGGGAAACAACUAUUACGUUCUUGCUGUCUACGGAUUGUUGUUUGGAAUCUUGUUGCCAUAUUACGUCGGUCGAUGGUGGUAUGGAACCAAGAAGCACACAAAGGAAGGAGUCAUGACGGCGAGUGCUGGAAGCCUUUUCAGAGCCUAUGACGAGAACAUCGAUGAGAAGAAGCUCGUGGAAAUAUUAACCGCCGGUGAAGAGAUGAGGUUCAUCACUGGCGGCGCGAGGGAAAAGGAAUGGAUUGGAAGCGAGGAGGCUACCAUCGAGAGAAAGAUCAAGGCUGCCGGUCUCGCGGACAAGCAGAGGAAAGCUAUUGAGGAGCUCGACGGCUGGAGGAGAAGGGCACUCGGCCUGCUUUGGGCUUAUAUCUAUCGUACGGAUCUGGAAAGCGAGAAGCUGAACAAUGGUAUAUCUCCUAGGUCCAUGUCGCCCGAUCCUGAGAUUGCUAACACCUUCUAGCCAAAUUGGAUGUUACGCCUGCUGCGAUCGCUCUCAACAAGAGUUUCCAUGCGAUUGCCCUCGCUUAUUCCAACACCCAGCCCGUUAUGGCCUCCGUGCGAUUGAAUCAGUGCCUUGUUCAAGCGGUCCCUCCACAUGCCUCUCCUCUGCUCCAACUCCCCCACUUCACAAAUGAGGUCGUGGCUGCUAUCGAACAGGAUGGUGGAAAGAACCAAUGGACCGUCCAACGUUUUGUGGCUUGCCCCGAGGAGAAGCGCAAAAGGUUGUGCGUUGGCAAAGGGCUCCUAAAUGAUAAACAAUACGCACAAGCUAUCACUUUUGCUAAGGCACUCCCGUCAUUGAGGAUUGAAUCUGCUUUCUUCAAGGUUAUGGGAGAGAAAUACAUUACCCCGGCUAGCUUGGUUAACUUUGUUGUCAAAAUGCGAGUUGUCCCUCCUGGGUCCACACCACCGGCAGUAGACGCCAAGGAUCUUUUAGAUGAGGACCCAGACGAGACCGAUGUCGAUGCUUUGUUGGGCCGCAAUGGCAAGUCUCAAGGAAAAGCUAACGACCAGUCGACGACUCCUCUUGCACAUGCACCUUACUUUCCCCGAGACUACUCUCCUAUUUGGUACAUCUUCCUCGCCGAUGAAAAACAGGGAAAGAUGAUUGUUCCCCCGCAGCCAAUUACUCGUUGGGAAAAGAGCACCGAUAACUUUGCCGUUCAAACGUUCAAGCUACAAUUCCAAGCACCACCGCAACCUGGAGAAUACGCUUUUGUCAUGCAUUGCGUUAGUGACUCUUACCUAGGAGUUGAUAAGAAGCAAAAUGUCACUCUUGUUAUCAGUGACCCCAGCAAGGUUGCGCAGAUCAAGGAAGAUGAAGAAAUCAGUGAGCCAGAAGAAGGUAUGCAUUGCUCCCCCCUAUAGAUGUUAUCACAAAGCGGUUGCUAAUAUGUACCUCUUUGAAUUAGAUUCUCUUGCAGGUCAGAUGAACGCUAUGAGAGGUGGACCGGUAAAGAAGUCUAAGAAGCGAAACAACGAAGAUGACGACGACGAUUCAUCCGAAGAGAGCGAUACAGAUGGCGAAGCCGAUGACCAGAGUGAGACAGACACGGACACGGAUACAGACGAGGAAUAAAAUAAUGCUCAUAUUUCGUGUUUGUAAUUUUCCUUUGCCCCACUUCUUCCGCAUUAAAUUUCCACGCUGCGUUAUAAUUGUUUUGUCGCAGCAAAAGAGGUGAAAAGUCUAUUCGCCGGCGAUCCCGGUUCUUGUAACGGUGUUUUGUUUUGCUUUUGCCUUUUCCUCAUUCAUUUUUUGCUUCCAUUUAUUUUACUUCCGGCUUUUUCUUCUUUUCUUCGGGUAUCGUCAUGAUGGGCAGACGGUCAGUUUAGGUUAUUGUAGAUAGAAUAUUGAGAUGUCACUUAUUCCUGCCUUAUGCAUUAUUGCUCAUGGGUCCGCUGGCUGGGUCAGUUGGAGGUUUCUUUCCUGGGCAGCGGUGGGGUGUUGGAGAGCGCUGUGUUUUGAGAGUCUGCGGGAAACGUUCACUGCUAGUGGUACGAGGAACUAAUUGAGGCACGAGCCUUGCGCUACUCAGUGCCAAAAAAGCGGCAGUCGGUUAACGUGUGGCUCUAUUAUGCUGGGAAGGUAGUCCCGGAAAUUGGGCACUCGCAAAGUUCGA